CAGACACCCUUAACACUUUAUAGCAGAGCCAUAUUCUCUAUAGAUGCCGAAAUCUGUGUUAGAAAGAAACGCUUCCCUGAUUGAUGCUACAGAAAUUUGUAGGCCAUCGAAGUAGGUAGGGACAGUUUGGUUGUAUUCUAAGGUUCCCCAACUACAGCACCUCUGUCUGAGGUUGGAUCGACAUCUAAACAUGCCAGCUUUGACCAAGGCACAGAAAAAGCUAGCCCAAGCAGCAGAAGACUCUUUCAAUCGCACAUAUGCAGCGCGGUUCGGCGAGGAGAGGUGGCAGCAAUCGCUGUAUCCAGCACUCACGGCGCCCACGCGGUACGCCGCUCUUGCUAACCGCUUCACAGUAGCCGACUUAGACACAGUUUUCUCUCAGGAACAGCUGGCGAAACUGCAAACCAUUGCCUUCCCUGUAGUUUCAGAUCUCCCUGGAUCGAAACCCCUAUUAUCAUAUCAAUGGGAUGUCUCUGAGGCAGAGACAACAUUCCCUCAGCCACAACCUAACGCAUCUAGCGACCUCCUGACUCACUGGAACCUGGAUGCCGCGUCGCUCCUCGCAGUCAGCAUACUAGGUCCCAAGCCAGGUGAUAAAGUCCUCGAUCUCUGUGCAGCACCAGGUGGAAAGAGCGUCGCGCUGUCGCAAUUUCUCCGCGGCGAUGAUUACAACAGCGCAUCGCCAUCUCUAGGGGGAGGCUGUCUUCACAGCAAUGAAGUGAAUACCGGACGGAACAAGCGGCUGGCUUCCAACCUCCAGGAGUAUCUACCAGAGGUCUUCUUCAAAACAGGCGAGGUGAAGGUUCUCAAGCUCGACGGCGCCGAGCCGUCCUCGGUGCAGACGCUACCGCUCGGCCCAGGUGGCUACGACAAAGUCCUGCUGGACGCGCCGUGCUCAAGCGAGAGACACGUGAUCCACGCUCACGCAAAGGCUAAACAAGGCGGCAGGGCAGCUGACGAGAUGACGUCGUGGCGCUCCGGCCAGUCGAAGAAGAUGGCCAAGACCCAAGUCGCCCUGCUCAUGACUGCGCUUAAAGCCGUGCGCGUUGGCGGACGCGUGCUCUAUGCCACCUGUUCUCUUAGCUGCGAUGAGAACGACGCCGUCGUCGAGAAAGCUAUGGAGUUAGUCCAGAAGGAGCGCAAGAAGUUUGGUACGAAGUGGGAUUUUACUGUGCGCAGCAGUGAGCUCGGCGCCAGUGGACUCGAGGGCUGGGCUGAACUGACGAAGUCUGGUUGGCUUGUACUUCCGGAUCAUCCUUGCGGCGGAAAAUGGGGACCGCUGUUCUUUGCUCUGCUUGAGAGGAUAGAGACAUGAGGGGAUGGCAUUACCACGACGAUAUCAUGAUCAACUGGCACUUCGGAUUAUGCGCUGCUGCAUCGAUGAGGUUGCUAUAGCCUCUUGG